UAUAAAUAUUCGUUAUGGGUUCUUGCAAUACUAAAAAGAAAUCUAAAAAUUAAUAAGAAAUGGUUGUAACUACUUAAGCACAAAAUGAUAAAAAUAGAAUAGAAAGAAGAUAAUAGAAAGCUUAAACAUUGACACCAAUUUUAGCGAAGACAACAUAAUCUGACACAGUAAAUGAAUCAUUUAUUUCAAAUCGAUCUACAAAAAAAGCUUAUGAUAAUUAGAAAUAACAAAUCUAAAUAAGAUCUGGGCUUUUCAGAGUUUAUACCUUAUUAGGAAGCAAAUCAGAUUCUUAUUUAGAAAAAUAAGAAGACAAUUAAAUAAAAUUAAUCUAACAUAAUGUUAGUGGAAUUAAAAAAAGAGUAGAAACAAUCAAUAAAUUAGAUACUUCAAGUGAGAAAUUGAUAAUGAAAAUUUAGAAAAACAGAUUGGUAUUUAAAUAUUUAAUAUUAGUAAAAUGAAUAUAUUUGUCCAAUAACAAAUAUAUAUGAAGAUACAGAAAAAUAUUAUCUUCUAUCUGAUUAUUGUAGCGGUGGAAGUUUAAGUUCUUUAAAGAAAAAUUUAAAUGAUAAUUAAGUAAUGAUCCUUUUAAAUUAAAUGGUGAAUGCUAUUUCUUAUUUACAUUAGAAAAAGUUUGUUCAUAGAAGGCUUUCUUUAGAUAGUUUUCAUUUGUUGAGUGAUUUAAAUAGUUUAUUUUGUAAAUUGGUUGAUGUAACAUGUUUAUUUUAUGGAAAUGAAUAUGUAAUGAUAGAGCCAUCAUAUGAGGAUUAUUAAGAAGAUAUUUAUGCAUUAGGUUUAAUUGGUUAUUAAUUAUUAAAUGGAUAAAAGCCUUAUUAGAUAAAAAAUAAUAAAUUAUAAGAUAAUAAUAAUUCAAAUGAGCUUUUAUUGUAUUUUAAAGAAGGAACUUCUCCUACUUUAAAAAGAAUUUUGAUCAAAAUGUUAGACAAAAAGACAACUGAAAAAAUAACAAUGGAGGAUAUUAAAAAAUAUUUGUCCAAAAAUGAUUAAAGAAAUAAUUUUACUGAAGUUUUAAUGAAACCUUUGUAUUUUUUAUCAAAGUGUAAACCAAGAAAUUAUUUUCAUGUUAUAAUUUUAGCUUUCAUGCUUAACAAAUUUAAUUAAGAAGAAGAAUGUAUUUUAGAAAAAAUAUUCAUUGAUGCAGAUAUUGAUUAAGAUGGAUUACUCAAAAAAGAAGAUAUUCUUCCAUUAUAUAAAUCUAUUGUUGAAUAUGAAAACAUCAGUGUUGAUAUACAACAAGUUUUCUAAAAAUUAGACACAACUAAUAAAGGAUCGAUUGAUAUUAAAGAAUUUAUCUCAGGAGCAUUAAAUCUCGAAGAUUUACUAUCUUAAACAUAUUUAGAAACAUGUUUUAAAUAUUUAUAAAAUUAAAGAGGAUAUAUUACAUGCCAUAGUAUUAAAAAACAUAUAGAUAUAAAUCAACAAUUGUUCGUUUAAACUUUAGAUGAAAUUAAAGGCUAACAUAAGGUAUCAUAUCCAUUCAUAUUUAAUAGGUAAAUUAUAACGAGUUUGCUGAGAUAAUGAGAUAACUAUUGUGA